AUGACCGACAACAAAGAACUAGUAAAAGGAGUCUUGGACUUGGAUCCUUGGUUAGAACCAUUCCAGGAAUCACUCAUCAAAAGACAAGUUCAAUUACGCGAAUGGGUCGACAAGUUGGAAUCACACGAAGGUUCAUUGAUGAAGUUUGCCGACUCGUACCACAAGUACGGGUUGAACCCCACUGCAACUGGAGGAGCUGAAAUCUUGGAAUACAUCCCCGACAUUGAAGAAGCGAGUCUCGUGGGCGAAUUCAACAACUGGAACACGCAAUCGCACAAGUUGAACAAGCUCAACGAUUUCGGGCUCUGGGGGUUGAAACUCGAUGAGCCGGGCAUCAUCCCCCAUGACUCCACUUACAAAAUCGCCAUGAAGACCGCCCUGGGCGAGUGGCUCUAUAGAUUAGACCCCUGGUGCAAGAGAGCCACCUACAACAAGCUGACCAAUUUAUACGAGGGCCGAUUCUGGAAUCCGCCCAAGCUGGAAAUCUACCACUUCAAGAACAAGAAACCGAGAUUAUCGCAGGGUAUCAAAGUCUACGAAGCCCACGUUGGUAUAUCGACCCCGGAGCCCAAGGUUGGCACCUACAAGAACUUCACCGAGAAGAUCUUGCCCAAGAUUGCCGAGUUGGGCUACAACACCAUCCAAUUGAUGGCAAUCAUGGAGCACGCGUACUACGCGUCGUUUGGCUACCAGAUCACCAGUUUCUUUGCCAUCAGCUCGAGAUACGGCACCCCGGAGGAGUUGAAGGAGUUGAUUGACGUGGCGCACGGCUAUGGCAUCCGCGUGCUCUUGGACGUGGUGCACUCGCACAGCUCGAAAAACGUUGAAGACGGAUUGAACAUGUUUAACGGCACCGACCACUACUUGUUCCACGGCGGCGGCAGAGGCCAGCACGACUUGUGGGACUCGAGAUUGUUCAAUUAUACCAGCUAUGAAACUUUACGAUUCUUGUUAUCAAAUUUGAAAUUUUUCAUUGACGUUUACGGGUUUGACGGUUUUAGAUUCGAUGGCGUUACGUCCAUGUUGUAUAAACACCACGGGUUGAGCUUUGGCUUUAGUGGUGACUACAAUGAGUAUUUCAACGAGGACUGGGUCGACAAUGAAGCCAUUGUCUACCUCAUGUUGGCCCACAAGUUGAUGGACGAAAUGAGCCAAGCUGACAAUAUCGAAAUCACCUCCAUCGCCGAGGACGUGUCAGGCAUGCCCACCUUGUGUCGUCCCAUUGCCGAAGGCGGUAUCGGCUUUGACUAUCGAUUAUCGAUGGCUAUACCCGACAUGUGGAUCAAGAUUUUGAAGCAUUUGCAAGACGAGCAAUGGGACUUGGCCAAUAUCGUGCACACGUUAACCAACCGUCGUCAUGGCGAGAAAUGUAUCGCUUAUUGCGAAUCGCACGAUCAAGCGUUGGUGGGCGACAAGACGAUUGCCUUUUGGCUCAUGGACAAGGAGAUGUACACCCACAUGUCCAAAUUGGCCGACUUGACCCCCAUUGUAGACCGAGGCUUGGCCUUGCACAAAAUGAUCCGAUUGCUCACUUUUGCCUUGGGAGGCGAGGGAUACUUGAAUUUCGAAGGUAACGAGUUUGGCCACCCUGAAUGGCUCGAUUUCCCGCGUGUUGGCAAUGGCGAAUCUUAUCAUUACGCCAGAAGACAAUUCAACUUGAUCGAUGACGACUUGUUGCGAUACAGGUUUCUCUUUGACUUUGAUGCCGCCAUGCAGCAUUUGGACGUGUUGGACUCGCCCCAAGCGUACGUCUCCUUGAAGCACGAGCUGGACAAGGUGAUAGUGUUUGAAAGAAAUGGCCUCUUGUUCAUCUUCAAUUUCAACCCCACGCAAUCGUUUGCCGACUACAAAGUCGGUGUUGAAGUUCCCGGAACGUACCAAAUCAUCUUGAAUUCCGACGAUGCCAAAUUCGGCGGCCACGGCAGAAUCCAUGAGUUGGACGACAAGGGUCAGAAACAGAAAUUCUUCACCAACAAUGACGCUUGGAACCAUCGUGCUAACUCGUUGUUUGUAUAUAUACCUACUAGAACAGCUAUAGUAUUAAAGAAGGUAGACUAG